AUGAGAGCAGGGGAUGGGGUGAUCGGAGGGAGAGGAGUAGCAGGUGGGGCGGUGGGGGCAGAAGAUAGGGGCAACUGGCGCACAGGCUGGGUGGGGGCGGUUGGGGUGGAGAGGUGUGGUGGAAGCAAGGGGAAGGAAAGAGAGGAGGGGAGAGAGCUGAUGUGGGAGCGAGAGGGGGAGAGGGAGCGAGUGGGGGAAGCACAAGGGAUAGAGAUGGAUGGAGUGGGAGAAGUGGGAGGAGCGAAGGAGGUGCAGGGCGUGCGGGCGAAGGAGGUGGUGGGGAUGGAGAUGGAGGAGCGGCUUGCAUCGCUGGAGCGAGAUGCGGUGCUGCGAGCAGCCAUUGAGCAGCAGAUACGGGCGCUUUCACACGAGCUCGCAGCCGCAAGGGCAGAAUGGGCAGCAGCGAGGUCGGAGGGCGAGGCAGCGAGGAGGAGGCUGGAAGGACGAGCUGAGCUGGUGCCAGGCAGAGGUGAGGGCGAGGCGGCAAGAGCGUUAGUGCAGCGAUGCGACGGUGAGGUGGCAGCCGCGCGGGCGGAAGGGGAGACGGCGAGGGCUGCAGCGAGGGUGGAGGCGGUGCAGAGGGCAGCGACAGAGAGGGAGCUGCGCCAAGCUGUGGAGUCUACGGGAGCUGAGCUUGCUCGUGCCAAGGCACAGAUCAACCGAUAUAAGAUUCACCAUCACACACUCUUGCACUACUGGGUGCAGGGUGAGGAGGAGCGGCGGCAGAGGGAGUCGGAGAGGCGGAAGACGGAGGAGCAGCAGCAGCGGGCGUGUGAGCUGGAGAGGCGCGUGGGGGAGGGCGAGGCGAGGAUAAAGCAGCUGGAGGCGCAGCUAGCUCAGGCCGAUGCUGAGGCUCGGGAAGCAACGAGGAGGGCGAGCAGGCAGCAGCAGGAGGCUGAGACGCUCAGAGGGGAACUGCAGGCAGCACGUGAAGAGGUGCGUGCUGCUGCUACUGGUGGUGCUGCUGCUUCUGGAGGCGCUGCCCUUAUCGCACCCUCACUUGCAAGUGACCUUGCAGCUAUAGCAGCUGACCUUGUCCCGUACCUGCUCUACUCCACUCUCCUCCCUGUGUUCCCCCUACUCCCCUCUCCUCCCUGUGUUCCCCCGACUCCUCCUGCUACUCCCGCAUGCUCCCCUCAUCUGUCAGCUUCUGCUCUUACUCUCCUCUCCUGUGUGCUCGCUCCACCUGGGUUCCAAUCCCCUCACCCCCUUUUUCCUGUGUUCCAAUCAUCUUCUGCCAGCUGUCAUCACUGCAUGCUGAGGUGGCAUCGCAGCGACAAGCAAUGGACUCUGUGA